GAUCAUUAUUCGUGUGGAGACACCAUUCAUACAUGCACGAUAAUGUUUUAGUAUCAACUUACAAAUUUGUGAUAGUAAACAAAUAUAUACUAAAGCUGUUACAAUUUGAUUGCAAGUUUUAUACUUCCUAAUGACGAGCAAUUCAUUUGCGAAGUACUAUUCGAAUAAAGCAGCGUAAAUUCCAAAUUCUUCAGAGUAAAUAAAAUUGAAUUUGUUAUUCAUACUGUGAUGGUUUACUAAAUUGUGAUAAUAAAUGUGUAUUGUACCUUCGGGCAAUGAUAAACAAACAUUUGUGCUUAUAAAGUGAAAGGCUGUUUAAUCCAUACUCAGGUAACAGUUUGUAUAGUUUACCUAAACAAAAAUGCCUGCCGAUAAGAAACCACUCCUGAAAUCAAAUAAAAAACAAAACUACGGCUCAACAAGUUCUCCGUCCACAUCCACAACAGAACAUCCUCCAGACCCAAAUUCCAUAGAUCCUCUAUGUGACACUGGAACUUACUCACAAACAGUCGACACGAACAACGGCAACAUACCAAUAGAUCAAAUGAAGUCGACGCUAUCGUUUCUGCAGAAAAGCGGUUUUGGAUUGGGCCAUGUUUACAACGACCUGUGUGCUGGCGUUUGGUUUAGCUAUACAUUGCUGUUUAUGCAAGGCGCAUUGCAAAUGCCAGGUGCUGAAGCUGGAGCACUGGUUAUGGUUGGACAGGUGGGUGAUGCAAUUGCGACACCGAUAAUAGGUAUUCUAGCUGAUAAGUUUGGUACAAAGAGAAAGUGGCACAUAGCAGGUACUGGUCUAGUGUUCUUGACGUUUCCACUCAUAUUUUCCAUAUGCCCAUGGUGUACAACAGCACCAGUGUGGUGGACGCCAACAUAUUUCGCAGCGGUUAUUUUAUUGUUUCAAUUGGGCUGGGCUACGGUUCAAAUCAGUCAUUUGGCUAUGAUACCAGAACUAUGUAAAACGGCAAGAGAUCGAGCUGAUUUAACUGCAAUUAGAUAUUCAGCAUCGGUUACAUCGAAUGUGAUUGUAUUUAUUGUUACAUGGCUGGUUCUGAAAUCGCGUACACAGAAUGACUCAAACAUAGGACCGGGGGAUGCAUAUCGCUUUAGAGACGUGUCGCUGAUCCUAACAUUAGUUGGAAUCUCAAUGGCGGUGUGCUUUCAUUUUUCAUUGUCUGUGAGUGGGUACAGUCUCCUCCGUCAACAAGCUCUAGAUCAUAACCAACGACGUCGUAGGUCCUCAGACACGCGAGAUCCGGUGGAGCGAUCAGAGAAUUCUACAGAAACGGAAACACCUCGACGACAGAAGAAUUUCCUAAAAUCUCCGCUUCUUUACCAGAACGCGUUCCUUUACGUAUUCUCUCGGCUGUUCAUGACCACGGCUUUGAUCUACAUUCCCUUGUGGCUGGAUGAACGCACGGGCACAAACGAAGCAAGAGUGGCCUUUAAUGCUGAGGACAAAAGUGUUGAACAUAUCGCUACAGUACCGCUGGUUUCAUUUCUUUCAUCAUUUCUGGCAUCAAUGGCUAUGAAAUAUUCAAAUCGAAUAGGACACCGUGUUUCGUAUCUACUAGGUUCUGUUAUCGGCAUAUCCGGUUGUGUUUGGGUAGCAUUGGCCGCUCCACCGACCGCAUCUUCAAUUAGACUUUACUGCAUUGCAAUUCUAUUCGGUGUUGGAAGUUCAGUAACAAUGAUUAGCAGUCUGUGCAUAACAGCUGAUAUGAUAGGGAGACAUGCCGAUCAGAGUGGUUUCAUCUACUCAGCUGUUACUUUCACGGACAAAUUAAUCACUGGCGUUGUAGUUGUCGUCAUCGAGGCACUCAAAUGUGAUACACGCACUCAGUGUCCAGAGUAUUAUAAGAAUGUGUUGGCGUACGCAUGUGGUACGGCUUGCAUUUUAGGAUUAUUUAUUUUAACAACAUUACAGUGCAAUAGGAGGCGACCGUCGCGGCAACGGGUGCUAGCUACGUAAGCUAUAGUUAUAGUGUCAUUUUGUCACAAUUAACUCCGAUAUGUGUGAAUGAUUCUUGAGAGAUUCAAAUUUUAUUUAAUUGUUGCCCAAAGAAGAUAUGGUUUUUAAUAAAAGGAAUUACUUAAGAA